CCGCAGUCCGUUCGUCGUUCCAUCAAAACAAACCGGCAAGUUAGUUAAAACUACUCGAGUUUCCAGUCUAUUUCGGCCCGAAUUUGGCUAAAUAUCCAAAGGUCGACGUUGAAUGGCGUGCAGAAGGGUGGCCGCGUCCUUGGUGGCCUCGGCUUGGAGGCGUCACGACCUGUCGCGACUCGCACGAAGCGGCAAAGAGGCGACCUUUGCGCAGUCCCGCACCUUCAUCGCCUUCCCUCGAACCUUCUCUCCGGGUCUGCUGCAACCCUGCAGCCUGGACCAGCAGCAGGUCAGGUGGAAAAAGAAGAAGUCGGCCGCAAAAAGAAGCGACGACUUGGACAGCGAUGACGAUGAAGAGACUGAGAGUCUGAAGGAGUUGGAAAAAGAGUCGGGCUCGAAGGUGCACAAAGUGGUGGUCAGCUCGUUGCGGGCCGACCUGAUUUUGAAAGGCUGUCUCGGCACGGCCAGGAAUAAAAUCGAGGCGAUGUUUUACGAAGGCAAGAUUGUGGUUAACGAUGAGAAAAUGAGGAAGAAAAGCGAUUCGCUGAGGGUUGGAGAUGUGAUCGACGUCGUGCAAGGACCCAGUCCUGACAACCCCGAGAAGUUCAAUUUGGUGACAAGAAUCGAAAUUCUCGGCGCUCAUGAAAAAGACUCGGAAAGACUUACGUUGCAUUACAGCAAACAAGGAAAACUGUUGGUGCCAAAGUGAUAGUUAUUAAUUUAGAAAAUCGCCAGUGAUUUAAAAUUUUAUUUAUGAUUUAAUGAGGUGGGUCAAGAAAUAAGUUUGAAUAAUUUAAAUUGAAUUAUUAGGUGGCCAAAAUAUUAAACUGUAAUUCAAUGAAUGAUUUUGAAUCAAAUUUAUUAAAAUAAAAAUUACAAAGUUAAAAGAUAACUGAA